AGUUUGAAUGUGCCGAAACACUUCCUCGAGCAGGCUAACGUGUGUGCCUGGGUGAUGCAGAUCAGCCAGCAGCACAGAAAGAGUAAGAGACACAAGUGACAAGGAGAAAGCACUUCUCUUUCCAGGAUUUCCUUUCACCGUUUAGGAAGUGCAUGCACUGUCCUGCUCUGGAAUUUAAGUGACAAGACCCCGUCAUUCUUCCGGGAUGAAGGGCCGCUUUGUCUUUUGGCAACUCAGCUUUGCUUUUGUCUGAUGAACACAUGAGGCGGAUGGAGAGUCCUGGCACCACACAGGAGGUAACGAUUCUAACCAGUUCGCUGCCAGUGGUGACAGUGAUUCAGUCAAAGUUUUUGUUCGAGUAAGACCGCUGACCCAGGGCACCGGGCUAACCACAGAUGGAGAUCAGAGUCUGUGUCUCACAGUCACCUCACCGAGUACUAUACGUCUCCUGUCAAAACCCGAGCCGCGAACCUUCACCUAUGAUCAUGUUGCAGACAUGGACACGUCACAGGACUCAGUAUUUUCCAGUGUGGCCAAGAGUAUUGUAGAGUCUUGCAUGAACGGUUACAACGGUACCAUUUUUGCCUACGGCCAAACAGGCUCAGGGAAAACAUUCACCAUGCUAGGACCUUCAGAGUUGGACAACUUUACAGAUGAACUGCGGGGUGUUAUUCCCCGUAGUUUUGAGUACCUGUUUUUUCUCAUUAACAGAGAAACGGAAAGGUCUCAGACCAAAAGUUUUCUCUGUAAAUGUUCGUUCAUUGAGAUUUACAAUGAGCAAGUUUUUGACCUCCUGGACACAGCCUCUGCUAGCCUCUUUGUCAGAGAGAACAUCAAGAAGGGGGUGUUCGUGGAGGGAGCUGUGGAGAAGUUUGUCAAUUCUGCUGCUGAAGCGUACCAGGUGUUGUCUCGUGGUUGGCGUAAUCGCCGAGUGGCCUCCACCUCCAUGAACCGCGAGUCUUCGAGGUCUCAUGCUGUGUUCACCAUGAUUCUGGAGUCCAAGGAGUCCAUGAAUGAAGUGGUGAACAUUAGGACGUCUCAGCUGAACCUGGUGGAUCUGGCAGGCUCAGAGAGGCAGAAAGACACACACACUGAAGGCUACAGGCUCAAGGAAGCCAGCAGUAUCAAUCGGUCCCUUAUGUGCCUUGGUCAAGUGAUUAUGGCUUUAGUAGAUGUAUCUAAUGGGAAGAACCGCCACAUUUGCUAUAGAGACUCUAAACUCACCUUCCUGUUACGGGAUUCUCUCGGGGGAAAUGCAAAGACUUACGUCAUAGCCAACGUUCACCCUGGAUCAAAAUGUUUUGGGGAAACGUUAUCUACCCUGCAGUUUGCCCAGAGAGCAAAGCUGAUCAAGAACAAGGCCAUUGUCAAUGAAGACACACAGGGAAAUGUGAGGCAGCUUCAGGCUGAGGUGAAGAAGCUUAAGGAGCAGCUUGCACAGGCUCGCUCAUCUCAGCCAGUGCAUUAUGGAAGUGAUGUAGCACCAGGAGGACAAGGGCUCCCAAUGUCCAAACCAAGCAUAGACAUUGAACAUGGUGUCUUGUAUAAAGCCAAGUUUAUCGCCGCUGUUCGUUUGUGGAGGAAGCGUGAGGAGGAAAAGAGGGUGCUGCUUAAGAAGCUGUCUCAGCUGGAGGAGGCCUGGACCCAGAAAGACAAGUUCAUCCACUCCAGUCGUCUGAUUGUCAAGUUUCGAGAGGAUCAUAUCAGUCGCCUUGAGAAGAAAUUAAAGGCAGGAUCUGCCUCCCUUACGGACAAGGAGUCGCAGGCUCUCAUUGACCAGCUGAAGGAAGAGAAUAAGAUUUUACGAGACCAGGUUGACCAUCACCCAAAGAUGACUCGCUAUGCAGCAGAGAACUAUAGCCUCAGACAGGAGAAUCGUCAACUUCGCUCCCUUGUGUCGGUGGUGAACUCUGAAGAGGCUGUAGCACAAGUUUCUGCUGAGCUGGAAGAAGAAUUCCAGAGGGCCAUUGUAACGGAAAGCAUUGCAGGAACUCCAGCAGGUGCUUUGACCUCCGUGGCUACUGAUGCUCUUGCUGCAUCCGCAAUGGAGAAGCUGAAAGCUAAGCUGCUGCAGAAACAGUCGGAUCUCACAGCAGCUCUCCAGGCCUUUGAGGAGUACAAGGAAAUCACCAAGAAGCAGAUGUCUCAGUUGGAGUCUGACAAAAGAUACCUUGACAAGUCCAACAAGCAUUUGGAGAACAUUCUGGAAGCCACCAACGCCUACAAAAAAAAAGAAGUCUCUGAAUUGAACAGAAUUCACGUGGAAACACUGAAGAUUCUCACCACUCCUACCAAAGCGUACAACUUACGCUCCCGUCUUGUGCCUCUGGCCAGUCCAGAACACUUGACCGGCACUGAUGAUAAUACAGAUGACAUUUGGGCUGAGCCCCCUCCUUCGGACAUGACUGAGAUGGCACUGACUGAAGAGCUGCGUCAAGUACAGGAGCAAAUGAGUUGUGUGCAGGCCCAGCUGGGGGAGGAGGAGCGAAAGAACAGCAACCUGGUGCAGCAAAUUGCAAAACUAGAAGAGCAGAUCCAUGUAAUAUCACAGGAAUUUGACCAAAAGGAUGAACAACUUUCAACUGAGCGUGCUAACAAGAACAGAGAUCAGCUCAAACUGCAGGAAACGAUCAACAGCCUGCAACAGAACCUUCAUUCUGAACAGGAAGCUUCAAAAGUUCUGAGAAGUGAGAUUCAUGAUCUACGUCUGGUGCUGCAGUCAUCUGACAAGGAGCUGGCCGUUGUGAAAAAGGAGCUGGGAGACAAGCAAAGUGAGCAGCAGAGGGAAACAAGCCAACUCUCCAGCAGUCUGAUCACCACGCAGCUCCAGCUCGACAAAGUCCAACUAGAGUGGGAGCUGCUCUUGGAGCAGCAUCGCGCUCUGCAGGAUUCUUUUGACCAGCUGCAAGCCGAGGCCAAGUUUGAUGCGGAUCGUGCAAGACAGCAGCUGGAAGACGGGCAGCAGGAGCUGGGUGUACUGCGGGCUCAGAUUGCAGAAUUAAACAAAGAGAACAGAGAAAGUACAUCAAAAGAACUCAGUGAAACUGCUCAGGAGAACACACAUCUUAGAAAACAAGUCUCAGACAUAACUGUACAAAUACAACAACAGGUAUCCAAAUUUGAUCACCUGGAGCAGAAUCUAUCCACUGCCAAAGAAACUAUAAAAGGCCUGGAGCAGAAGAUUGAACAGGACAAAGAUGUCGUUGUUGAUCUAAUCAACCAAACCAGAGACCUCCGGAGUGAGCUGAGUCAGAAGGACCAGACCAUUAGCCAUCUUUCGGGGGAUAUCAGAGACCUCACAGCCAAAUACAACAGUGCCUGCCUGGAACGAGAGAAUAUCAGCGGGCAAAACUCGAAUAUGCAAGCAGAAAUCACAGAACUGAAGGAAACUUUAGAGAGGUGCAUUGCAUCUAACAAAAUAGAGGUUGAGGUGUUGCAGGAGGAGAUGAUUGAUGCCAACGAGGAGGUGAAAAGACUCUCAAAGGUCUUAGAUGAGCAGAACAGCCUCCUCCAAGCAGCUCAAGAGCAAACUGCUCAGAAGGACAUACUGAUACAGAAUCUAGAGCAAAAGGUGCAGCAGCAGCAUGAAGCUGUGGAAGAAACAAUAAAAAAAGGAGGUUUCCAACUUGUGGCAGAAUCAACGCCUGAAUUUAUACUUAAGACCCCCAGAACCCCAGUGAGCUUCAGCAGGGACCUGACCCAGGUUCUGGAGAGCCAGGAGAAAGAACUGGAGAAUCGACGGUCCUCGGUGUUGACCAUGGAAAUCCUCUUAGCAGAGCUGAAUGCUGAGAGAGCUGCCAAGAACGAGGAGAUUCAAAGGCUCCAAACACAGUUGACUGAGAGAGAAAUGGUCCGCUUGGAGAUUCAGGGUUUGCUUGACCAGUUUUUUACCAACAAGAGGCAGCUGCCUCAGAGCGGGAAUGCAAACAGCGAGGAGCUCAUUGAAGGCAUCAAGCAGUCCAUUCUUAAAGAGCUACAAGAGGAGAAAGAAGAGAAGGAGAAAGUGACGCAAAAGCUUCUGGACACUCAAAAAAAAAUGCAGGCACAAGAAUCAGUAUUGGCCCAGUCGCAGACUUGUGUUCAGGAGUUGACCACUGAGUUGAGGAAUCGCUGUCUAGAACUCCGAGAGCUGACCCUGAGGGUACAGGAUGAGGACAAGCUUCUCAAGGAGAAUGAGGUUCUCCGCAAGCAGAAUGUUCAGCUGUCAGAGGAGAAUGGAAAACUGGUGGGACACAAGAACCACAAACAGAGGAUAGAAUACUUGGUGAAGCUAAAGAAGGACAACACAAGACUUCAGGAGGAAAAUGAAAAACUUCGAUCAGAGAUGAGCCUAAUACAACAGGACAAUGACGACACGGGACCUUUGAAAAUGCUGUAAAUCCGUGUGAAUCGUCUUUUUGAUUUUUUUUUUAACUGUAGUUUUACCUUUUUCAUUUGUAUGCAUUUUGUAAUUGUCAUUUUGUUACUUCUUCCUUGAUUCACUGUGAUUUUUAUUUUUUUUCUUUGCCACAUUCAUAGGAAAAGGGCAUUGUUCUUCAUCAUCAAGCAAUGUGUUUAAACAAUUACAAAAAAACACUAUUUUCCAGUGUUUUCUUCAUGGAUUUCUGAAAAACCUACAUAAAAAUGUGGUGGACAUGAGGACUUACCACUUUUUUGUAUGAAAUGAUGAUGAUGGCUGAUGUAUGCAUCAAAAUGCAGAAAUGCAUGUGUGUAACCAAGAACAAACUGCUUCAAGUGGCAGUUUUCAGGCUUUUUUUCAUGUCCAAAUGUCCAGUGUUAAUACUGUAUAACUAUACAAAUAGAAUAUGAAAAGAAAUAGGCAAGUACAUCUGAAACGUGUUUUAAAUGGUAAUUUGUUAGCUUUAUUAAAACAUGUUCCUAAAUUAAAACAUGAACUUUGUUCCUCUAAACAAAAUAACAGAAAACGAUGAUAGAUGAAAUAAUUAUUCAGUAGACAUAAGAUACAGUACCUCCACUGCAGAUUACAU